ACGAAGUAUUUUAAAAUGUUUUUUGUUCCAUGUUUGUAAGUUCUUCUAGCAACAUUUUUGUACUUACUAAGACAAACUAGCACAAGCCUUAAUUAAUCCUCGUACUGGGUUCGUUCGUUCUUCCAUUUCGAAGCAUCAAUGGCUUCCGAACCUGCAGCUCCAUCACCGAACCAAAACCCACCAAAACCAACUAACGCCGUCGUAACGUCAAAACCAAAACAAAGAGAUUUAUUAACCCACGUCGAAGUAUACCUCACAAAACGUGACGGCGUCGACAAACUUCUCAAAAUUUGCCGUUACGCCACGAAGCUAAUCCUCGCCUCUAACCUCAUAGCUUUGGAUCCGAACCUCUCUCACCGUCUCAAAAGCUUCGAAUCAAGCGUCGGCGUUAGCCGAAAAGCUUUCCGACUCGGAAAAUUCGUUCAAAAUCUCAACGCGCUACGAAACUCGCGCGUCGAUUCCAAACGCGUGUUGAUUUUUUCAUUCAUCGCUUACGGUUUUGAAGGAUUAUACUAUUUUAUUGAACAAUUCGUUUGGUUAUCGAAAUCCGGUUUGAUCGAUCCAAAACGUUCUAGAAUCUUCUCGAAGAUUAGUGCUUAUGCGGAAUUUAUUGGUUAUUUUGGUAGUGUUGCGUUGAAAAUUAAGGAUUUGGAGAUUAUUAUUGAGGAUGAAGAUUGUUUGAAAUCGAGUAUUAAGAUUGGGAUUUUGAGAGGUGAUGAUUGUGGUGAAGAGGAAAUUAGGUUGGGGAGAUUGAGAGAGAAGAAAUUGAUGAAGAGACUUUCAAUUGUUCAGGAUUUGGCUGAUGGAGUAAUGGCUUUGGAUGAUAUAUUGGAUGGGAAUGGGCCGUUUUCGAAGCCGAUUUUGAUGUCUUCUGCAGGGCUUUUGUCUGCACUCAUUAGUACUCAUAAGAAUUGGGUUUCUUGCUGAGUGUUUUAUUUUCUUCCCUCAUCCAAAUUGGAGAAUCGGGAGUAUGGUAUAGAUUUGAGAAAUUCUGUUCGACUUGUGAACUUCUGGCCACCAAGGAAAAAUGAAGUAAAAUGCUUGCUAUUUUAAUUCUGUUAACUUUGUAGUGUAGUACUUUACAAAGGUUUUUGGUGUGAUUAUAGAGGCUGUAAUAUUGCUUAGGAUAUUUUGUUCCUGGCAACUUUCAGUAUGUUGUGUACUUUUUUGGGGUUGUUUAUCUGGAUUCUUUUAUGUAAGUAUAACAGUUUAUGUGUUUUACAGUAGUUGGGUACUACUCUCUACUUCAUUUGGAUGAAUAUACGGUAACAACAACAUUGCUUCAUAUA